AUGAAAAUUAAUUCAAUAAGAGAAAUAACAAUUUAGUUGGAUAAAUAUUAUUAAGAUGAUUUAUAAAGAUUUAAAAAGUUGAAUAAAUAGAAAGUAAAAGACGAAGGUUUACUUUAGAAGGAAUAAAAUUUAUUGAAAGAAUGGGAUUAUUAUAAAUAAAGUAAUAUAAAUUAUAUUGCAACACAUACAAUUCAAUCUGAGACUCUUAAGAUUUGUUUAUGUGAAUUUAAAAGAAAAAGAUAGACAACAAUGGAAUUUUGGAUAAAAGUUGCUUAUGAUUUGAUGAAUGAGUAAAAAUUUGGUAGAGUAAUAAGAACUAAACUUUUUGGAUAAUUUUAUAAGAAUUAAAAUGAUUUAAUCUUUUAAUUAAUACAUAGAUAAUGGCCAAAAAGAUGGUGUAGUAUUGAGGAUGAUUCAUGCUUAAACUUAGAAAUCAUAUAACUUUAUCUAGAAUAUUUACCUAUUCGAUUAUUUUUAUAAUAAAAUAUUAAUGAAUAGACUAAUAUAUUAGUUGAUAUUAGAAGAAUGCCAUAUCUUUAAGAAAAUUACAUUUUUAGAUUUGCAAUAAAAUAAGAAUUAUUCUUUCCAAGUGUUAAAUAUAGUGGAUAUUAAAUGUUAUAAUAAAUAACUAAUUCAGCUAAUAUAUUUUGUACAUAAUAUAUAUCUUUUAUAAAAUGCAUAACACCUUUAAUAAUUCCAAUACUUAAUUUAAUGAUCUGUAAUAAAUCUGAAGGGAGAACAAUUAAUUUAUAUGGUACAUAAUAUUAAUUUAUAUUUGAUUUGUUAUUGUCCUUAAAGAUAAUUGGAGCAAAUAAAAUUGAGUGUAUAAAAAAUUCGACUAGAUCUAUCAAAACAUAUGAUCAAUUACAGAAAUACAAAUUAAAGAAUUAAAUGAGUGAAAUAAUAAUAACUAAUAUGGAAUAAUAUCACAUAAAUAUAGAUGUACUUAAUGAUAUAAGGGAUAAUUUAAAAAAUGGAUAUUUAGCAAUUAUAGAUCAAAUUGGUAAAUAAAAUGAAGGUAUAUAAAAAAGAUUAAUUAUAAUUUGCAGCUCUAAAUAAUUAAAUUUUGGUAAUAUAGAUCAUAAAAUAAGUUUUCAGAAAUUGCCUGAUUAAGAUAUUGAAUAAAUAUUAUUAAGAUGUGACUAUUAAUUCUUAAUAUUUUAUACUAAUAUGCUUUUUAAUUAUCAUGAAUUGGAAUAUUAAAUAGAUAAAUUUAGAUAGAGAAAUGCAUAAAUAAUGAUUUGCAUGUGGAGUUAUGUAUUUUCAUAAUUUUUUUUAAAGAAUCAAGAUAUAUUAUAAAUAAAUGAUGUUAAUAUCACUAAAUAAGAGGUAUCAACUUAAAAUUAAAUUGAAGAACCUUUAAUAUUACUUUCUGAUAUAGAGGAAUAAAUUACUCCUUAAGAUAAUUAAAUCACUCGAAAGAAAAUGUAAAAUAUUGAAAUGGGCUAAUUAUAAUGA